CUCCCCUGCAAUUGAGCGAAGAGUGAAAACCCUAGCAAGGUUGAGCAAGAGAGAAGAGCAGGUGCGUGAGCCACCCACAGAGGCAGCCGAACUGCGAAGUCCGCUACCAUGGGACGCAUGCACAGUCGAGGUAAGGGCAUUUCCGCAUCUGCUUUGCCGUACAAGAGGACCCCGCCGAGCUGGUUGAAGAUCUCUGCUCAAGAUGUUGAUGAGAACAUUUGCAAGUUUGCAAAAAAAGGUUUGACACCAUCUCAGAUUGGUGUUAUUCUUCGUGAUUCUCAUGGUAUUGCUCAGGUGAAGAGUGUUACUGGGAACAAGAUUUUGAGGAUAUUGAAGGCACAUGGGCUUGCUCCUGAAAUCCCUGAGGAUCUGUACCACCUCAUUAAGAAAGCUGUUGCAAUCCGCAAACAUCUAGAAAGGAAUCGAAAGGAUAAGGACUCCAAGUUCAGGUUGAUUUUGGUUGAGAGCAGGAUCCACCGCCUAGCUCGUUACUACAAGAAAACAAAGAAGCUUCCACCUGUGUGGAAAUAUGAAUCGACCACUGCCAGUACACUAGUGGCUUAGGCAGAAAAAAGUUCCAGCUUUGGUGACUUCAAUGGACGUGCUCUUGGUUGAGCAUGAAUCGUGUUUUUUUUUUCUCCUUCAUGUUUUGAUGUUUUCAUUUUUUGAAAUGGUGAUUGGUGAUGACUAAAUUUCCUCUUUAUGGGGCAAAAGUAAUAUUAGACUUGUUAAGGGUAAAAUCUUUUAUGUCAUCUCUGUUGUUCAUCUAAGGUGGUGGUUUAUCUAAAUUAGCUCAAUUUAGCUA